AAGUUUUUUGUUUUUCAAGGCAAGCUCAAUACUUCGUUUUUUAUAGAUACUGCAGAGGUCUUGUGGUCUUUUUCUUGUUGGAAAAGGAUGUUGGUAUGAGUACAAAUUAGUCAUGGGAACGCUGACACCCCCAGGCGAUCUGCUUAGGCAUUUCAAACAGGUAACAAUGUGAAAGGACAAGUGAGAGAACAGGUUUUCCUGCUUGCGAGCUGGAGCUCAAGGCUAGAGGAGGUUAAAGGAAAAAAGACAGAGGAGGAGCUCAGCCCUGCAUUCCACAGUCUCCCUACCGAAACCACGGAGCCCCCCUCUCCCUUCUCUUCAGCCUCUGUUUGUGUUCCCUUUUUCAGCUUUUUAAUAGAGAGGCGGUUCUGUUUGGGAAGGAAGCUACCAUUCCUACACAACGGGGGAUGCCGAAUCAGCUGGACCAGAGAUACAGGCAUGCUCUUUUCUCCUCCCCCAUUAGUUUCUUCUCAAUAGUCUGAUCCCGUAAAGGAGGGGUGGAUGGGGAGUUAUCUGGCAGCCAGCUGAUCUUUGCUGUGGUAGUCUGCGAGGGAAAGAAGGAGACUGCAAACUCUUCGUUACUUAGCUGCACUGAGAAAGAGGAAGCUGUGAGAAAACAUCAACAGUCGCGUGAGAGGAAGGAAGCAACGAAGCUUUUGAGACGAAAACAUGAAGCUCGACUUCAAGACCACGAGGAGCGUUGCCUACCACUGAGAAAAACAUCUGCAAGACAGGAGGAGAGAAAAAGAAGCAAGGGGAGACUGACUCACUUGUUUGGAUUUGCCCACAAGGUGUUCCUGUAGACGCUUGGCGUGUCACCAGCAAGAGGUCGAAGAUGUCUUGGCUGUCACCAGUGCAGUGGGCCAAAUGGACCUGGUCGGCCGUUAGAGGAGGAGGGGAGGAAGAAGGUGAGACUUAUUUGGGGAUGGACGACGAAGCCCUUUCGGAAGAGGCGCGAGAGGCUAUGCCAAGAGAUCGAGAGGACGACGAAAGGUCUCAUGGCUGCAGUUCGGACUCAGAGGGCCAAUUUGAGACACCUGAAGCUGAGACGCCUGUCCAUCAGCCAUAUAAAGAACCACCAGCACUGGAUCAACCAAUCACAGAGAGCACAGGUAAAAGAAGACCUCGAGAAAAGAGAGCUAUAGAUACAGACGGUAGAUGCCACAGAGCACCUGUCGCUGCAUGUGCUUCUAUUCCACUCAUGCAAUGGGAUGUUGCCAUGGCAACAAAAGGAAAGUAUGUCAGUAUGCGGUUAUACGUGGUCUUUUAGUGUCACUUGAAAGCAAUAUAUCGUUGGUAGCAUUUCUUGUCAUUCCUAAGUAUUAUUGCGAACAUAGACAUAGUGGAGCAGGCACAUUAUAAGUUAUACUUUAUCUAAUAAAUCAGCUUGGGUCAUGAAUAUUAAUUAGAUAGCAAUGUCAGUGCACCUGAUUUGCUGGAAGGCGGGUAAAUGAGCAAGGAUUUAUUUUGUCUGAUUUAUCAUUUCAUUUAAACCAUCCAUCAAAACAAAGAAAGUUCUCCCUUAUGAUCGAGUGCAAACAUUACAAACAUUUUUAGCAUAGGUUUGACUGAAUUAAAAUUAAAAUGUAUCUUUAAGAACAAUUGCAAAUGCAAAUUGAGUACCAU